CCCGGCCCCGUCUAAUCGCCUUUCCUGACGGGGACUGCCAGGUCCUCCGCGUCCUCGUUUCACAGAUCGCCGACAAUACCGAGCCGUUCUCUUAUCCGAAGCUUGGCCGACCGAGAUAUUGCAUUGAAUGUGACCGUCUCUCUUUUCGCUUCCCUGUCGCGUCCGAGGCUGCGCCAUUCCUCGGUCAUUAUCGAGCGCCAUGUCCAACGACCCUACGGAGAGGCGCAUCCUGCCACAGAGCUCCCAGAUGAGCUCAUUCUCUUUCGCGCCGCAGCAGUACCCACAGAGGGAACCUCAGAAGAAUUAUGUCUUCGUUGAUGAGCACAACCGCCACAAGCGGCUCAAAGUCAUGAGAGCAUGCGAGGGAUGCCGAAGGAGAAAGAUCAAAUGCGAUUCGGCAACGACAAACAUUUGGCCGUGCACUUCGUGUUUGCGACUCAAGCUUCAAUGUGUACGCCCCAAGGGACAGUAUGACGGCACGUCUGACACGACAACCUACGACACAUCUUCCACUGUUACUGCUGCUGCCACCGACUUCACCAACCCGGCCCCAUUGCAAGACAGCUUCCGUGUCAUGCCUGUCCAGCCGCAAACGCACAUGGUCUCCACUGCGACCAAGCCAGCAGAAGCACAUUCCAUGUAUGCCGCCCACGGUGCCUAUGCGGCAGGGCACCACGUCUACCAGCCCGUCCAUUACACCGCGCCGGCCUCGAUGGCGCCGCAGAGCAUACCCUACUCAACCCCAUACUCAACAGGCCAGACCUCUGUCCCAGUCAUGGGAGGGCCACAGCAGUAUGCGCCGCCCCAGCAACAUAUGCCGAGCCCGCCACAUCAUCAAAGCUCCAAGGGUAGCUCUCCUCCCGAGACAUACUCUUCCGACGACACGUACCAGCAACAAGAUCUCGCAGACUUGCUAGGAUCUCUCAAGAUGGAUCCAGCCGGCACAGCCCCGUAUCUCAGAAACAAGGCUUCUUUUCGGCGCGAAGAAGAGCCCGCCGUCGAAGACACGGACGAGUAUAGGACGGCCCUCCCUCCUUUGGUUUCGGCUCCCGGUUCGAAGAUUCGGAUUCCGCCGGAGCUCAUGCCCGAUGACGAAACCGCAAACCAUUACUUUGACUUAUAUUUCACUCACGUGCAUCCUUACGUGCCUGUCCUUUCGAAGACUCUUUUCUGCCAGCAAUGGAACACGGACCGGGAUAACAUGUCGCCUUUGGUUCUCGAAGCAGUUUUUGCCAUUGGCGGACGUUUGGCAGACGAUCCUGCCCUAGGACAGCAGUGGCUGGCUCUAGCAUCAAAACACGCCGAUUCCUUUAUGGACGUGCCACGGCUGAGCACUCUGCAAGCGCUCCUGAUCAUGCUCAAGGCGAGAGAAGCAGCACCCAAGCGCGGGUAUUACUACCGGUCGUGGAUGACUAUCGUGCAGUGUGUGCAAAUGGGCAAAGACCUGGGGUUGGACGAACACUACGCGGAUCAUCAGGCGGGGCAAUCGUGCGGCUCGUGUCCUAUGGAAUGUCAAGUGAAAUGUCGGAUUUGGCAGACCAUCUUUGUGUGCGAGGUCAUGAUCGGGUCUCCUCAAGGGCGAACCGACUUGGCUGUCGAUCUGGACACGGUCGACUUGAGCGUUCCCCAGCCCACAGCAGAUGGGGACGAAUCGGAAUACCAGAUAGGCCGGAGCUUCACCUACUUUACCCGUAUGGUGUCUAAUGUCAGCAGGUUAAACUCGACGUAUGGCCGCAUCAAGAAGAAGAAGGCCUGGGGCGCAGAUCCAGAACUCGCUCAACUGGGUCCUGUCCUGACGAGGUGGUUGGAUGAACUUCCCCCAGACUUGGCCAUCACCUUCCCGCCGGACGCAUCCCCGCCAUGGCUCGCGUCUCCGUUUAUCGGCAACAUGCACUCGUACUACUACCUGACCCUCAUUCUGCUCCAUCGACCGCAGCUGGCGUUCGCGGAUCCCAACGGCACAGAUGGACGGUGGAAACACCACAUGAUGGUCUGUUACACGUCGGCUAAAGCUCUUUGUCGUCUACAAGAGGCGGUCCUGGAGUCGUUUGGCUACACGGGUUUGCAAUGCAUGCAACGCGGCUUUAGUUUUACCAUCUACUGCGGGCUGACGUGCAUCGUGCUUCAUCUGGUAGCGGUUACUUCUCCCGACCCCGACCUGAAUUGCGAUGCGCGUGAGUACUUCACGCGCCAUAUGCGUGUUCUCGAGAAAGCCAUGGCGGUAUGGCCGAUGGCCGAGGUACAAAAGCAGGUGGACGCUGUGCGAGAAGCGUUCUCUGCCGACAUCAGGAAGCCGUUCGUCCUAAAGCCAAGCUUCCCCUACGGGAGUCCGCAUGUGUCGAACCAGUCGGUAUCCCCUCCGGCGCAGGCCGAGUACAAGCCGCCGUCGCAUCCGGCGGAGGCUCUAGGGCACGGGCUAGAUACGCAGGGCAUGAAUGCGCAUGGUCAACAAGUCAGCUACACCAGCCACCCACUCACACCACCCAUCUCAGUCGGUCCGGUGGAUGCUAACAGGGACUCGCCGACCGCGCAGUCGAUCGUCGUUAUGCGGAACCAAGUUUCGCAAGCAGGGGAUAUGCCGCCGGCGAUGGAAGCACCGCCGGCAUGGAACCCGCAACGAAUCUUUGAUCAGUGGAACGCUUCGUUUGGGACGCCGCAAGUGCAGCCACAGGCGGCAACAACCAUGUCUUCGCAAGCCGCUGCGCUCAACGUCAACGUACCUCCGGCCGGCGGCCAGGGAAGCACUACAGCAUUGCAGGGUAUGCAGGGUAUGCAGGGCAUGCAGGGCAUGCCGGUCGGAUCGCAGCAGAUGGCGCAGCAGCACCAUCAACCCCAUCAACACCAGCCGCAGUACCAGGCACCACCGGCUCGGAAUUUUGUCACGCCGGCGAUGUGGCAGGAGUCUGUCGCGAGCGUGUACGAGGGCGGGCUCAAACGUAGCUGGGAUUACGACGGCAACUCGGCGGCGAAGCGGGCGCGUUAGGAUACGGCAUCUGUUCGACCGGGUCGUCUCGAUGGUGUGGGAUGCAGCAAAUGAU